CUCUCUCUCUCUCUCACACACAAAUAUAGAUUAAACUGGUCUAAUGUGCCCCGUGCAUCUCUGAGCUGAUGUGUGCAGCAAUAAGUGCACACAUAUGUCUGAGGCCUGUUUUCACACCUCUGUGGUUAGAAGCUCGUCUGAUGUUGUUUCCUGUCCAGACUAUGAACUCCAGUGAACACUGCAGUUUCCGAAGGUUUAGUAGAGUAUUAGAGAAACGCAGAGAGAUAGAGAGAGAGAGAGAGAGAGAGAGAAUGGCAGAGGGAAUCUAUGAUGAUGUGAGCAGUGUUGAGCUGAGUGAAGCAGACAGAGGAGAGAGAGUGGAGAAGACGGUGGAGAUUUAUAUGAGUGCAGACGCUGUUAGAGCUCAGGAGACCAACACACAGAGGGAGACAACAACUCAGCAGACAGAUGUUAGAACAGGAAUCAGAUGUUCCAGACUGGCUGUGGUGUGUGUGGGGCUGCUGUGUGUUCUCCUGCUGACCACCAACAUAGUGCUGUACAUGUACUAUAUUAGAGACCAAACCAUCAUUGCAAACUUCACUGCAGGGAGAGAGACCCUCUUAUCCAGUAUCAGAAACCUGACUGAAGAAAGAGACCAGCUAAAGAGCAGCUACCAGAAUCUGACUGCGAAAAACAUCUUACAGACCAAAUAUGAUCAUUUAGUGAAGCUGACUGAGAAAAGCUGUUUUAAAGAACUGAAGACUUUUGGAAGCAGCUUUUACUUUCUCUCCACUGAGAAUAAGAGCUGGAGUGAGAGCAGACAGGACUGCAGAGAGGGAGGAGCAGAUCUGGUGAUCAUAAACAGCAGAGAGGAGCAGAUGUUCCUCAUUGAUCAAAAGAAAGAGAGCAGUUUCUGGAUUGGUCUGACUGAUGAAGAGACAGAAAACACAUGGAAGUGGGUGGACGGCCAACCGCUGACCGACAAAUUCUGGAGGAGCGGUGAACCCAACAAUGCUAGUGCCGAGGAGGACUGUGCUAUUUUCACCACUACAACUGAAGACAGUCAGCGAACAUGGAACGACUUUUCCUGUUCAGGGAAAGAAAACUGGAUGUGUGAAUUCAAUCUGACAAACUUCCACCUGAACACUUCAACCAAACACCAUUAGAUUUUCACUGCUGGGAUAAAGUGAUGGAGAUCAUUUAAAAUUUAGAGGAUACAGGGUUUAAAUGUUAGUAAUGAGAAUGUCUGGAGACACUGAGAAAUAGACCUCAUGCGUCAUUCUGUAGUCUGUGUCUUUUCCAUAGCAGGAACUCUGGGUCUAAGCGGAUUUUAC